AUGAAUCGCAACAGCAACCGCAAUGAACCUUCUUCCAACAGAGUGAGAGGGCCUACUUCUGCUUUAUCGAGCUUUUUAAGAGAGCAAGGUAUUCAAGUGCCUAACCGUAGCAGAAGAGCACGCCGUGAGGAACAAGCAACUCCAAGAGAAAUGAGUAUUGAUCCUCCUACGCCCUCUGAUGAAGCUAGCUCCAUGGAAGGAGUAGAACAGACUGUGACGGUUGCUGCGCAGUCGUCGUCAUCAUCAUUAACAGCAACAACAACAGCAGCAGCAACAGAGGAAAUGACUUUUACUGCAUCAUCAUCUAAAAAGAAGAGAAAGGAUGAUAGUGAUGACGAUGAUGAUGUUGACUUUGCGCCAUCCAGUUCAAGGAAGGCUGCCAAAGGCCGUGCACGUAUUCUGUUUUGUGUGAUCUGCAAAAGCAGAUUUGCUCGUGACAUAAACGAUGACAAUGAAGAGACUCUCUGCAGUGACUGCAAGGCUGGAAAGUCUCCUAAUAAGCCUGUUAAUUCCAAGAAGAAAAGGUUGAAUGUCAGUAAGAAAGAGCAAUUACUUGCACAUGACAGAGUGCCUUCUCUUCAAGAUAUUUGUAUUUCUAUUGUUGUUGAAUAUAUUGAUGAAGUUGAAACCUUUGGAUUCAUUAGUGACGAAAGUUUCGAAAAGCUGGCCAAGAUCAUUUCUCGUAACAGAAAAUUGAACAAUCAAACCUCAAGACUAUUUAUGGAACCAUACAGAAAGUCCCUAAGCUUAUAUGACUGCACUAAUAUGGAUGAGACCGCAUUGAUGAAUGUUGCUCACUUUUGUCCUAGAAUGGAAAGACUAGAACUGAUCUAUUGUGGUCAAAUCAAUGACAAGGUGUUGCGCCUUUAUCAAGAACGAUUACACAACUUGAAGUCGUUGUUUCUUUCCGGUGCUUUUCUUGUUACUAAAGAAGCGUGGAUCUCAUUCUUUGAAACGACAAACAACAGACUUGAAGCCUUUGGUCUUCGUCAUUCAAAUCGCUUUGAUCUCACCUGUAUUGAAUCUCUCUCCAAGCUUUGUCCUAAUCUUCAAUCGCUCAAUUUAGGGCAAUUAGGCUCUCUGACAUCAGAAUACUUGCCACAUGUUGCGAAAUUGACCAAGUUGACCAAGUUGGAACUAGCAUGGCCAUCUAAUGAAGAAGAAGAUACAGAGCAGACAGCUAAUUUGAUUCAUAUGUUAGAAGAGAUUGGACCUCAGUUGACCGAACUAUCUCUUAGAGGAUUUUAUGGUUUAACUGACGACGUAUUGCUAAAAGGUAUCAUGAAAUAUUGCAAGAACCUUAAAAAGUUAAAUGUGGAACAAAGUGAACAACUCACAGCUGAAGCUGCGGUGCAAUUCUUUGAGAACUGGGAAGCCGAAGGCCUGACAUAUCUAGACAUUUCCCGAUGUAUUCUGUUAAAUGACGAGGUUCUGAAAGUGGCCAUUCGUCGCUUUGGCAACACUUUGACUCAUUUGAACAUUCACAGCUUAGAGUUACUUUCUCCUAAUGGCUUGGAAGUCUUGGCCGGCGUGAAUGAGAAUGAAAAGGAUUAUUGUCACCAGCUCACGUAUCUUAAUUGUAGCUUUGUUCGAGCUAUGGAUGAUUUUGUUCUUCAAAAGUUGAUUACAAAAUGUAAAACAUUACAAGAUAUUCAUGUUUGGGGCUGCCACUUGAUCACAAAUGCAGUAAAUGCUCAAAUCAAUCCCAUAUUACGCAUUAUUGGAAGGGAAACCAGUACUAUAUCUUUGUUAAAUACUCAUUAA